UUUCAGCCCAUCGACAUGUAAACAAACCAAAAUUGAAAGUCUCCGAGUGUUACUUCUCAGUCGAUAGAGAGUUUGAAACAACAAAACAAACUCUCGCUUCUCGCAUCGUUGAUUCUCCAAAACCAGUUUUCACUCUCUAUUGCCGAUUCUCGUUUCGUUUGAUAUCUUAGGAAUCUAUAAACAAAGGCAUGGGUUCAGUAUUCUGUUGAUUUUCUCAAUCAAUUUCUCAGCUAUUUUCAGUCUUAAGGUCUUGGUCCAUGGGUUGCUCGAGAAAAUGUGGAAAAAGUGAUGGUCUGAGUACUUAAUCGUAAAAUGCAAAUACAAAGCUUUUGUGGGUUUAUUAAAGUUGAACAAUGUUUCUCAAAGUCCAAUUACCAUGGAACGUGAUGAUUCCAGCUGAAAACAUGGAUGCCAAAGGGCUGAUGUUGAAGAGAGCUAUACUAGUAGAGUUACUAGAGGCGUUUGCUUCCAAGAAAGCAACCAAGGAGCUUGGCUACUACGUGGCAGUCACAACUUUGGACAAGAUUGGAGAAGGCAAAAUCAGGGAGCACACCGGUGAAGUUUUGUUCCCGGUAAUGUUCAGCGGAAUGACUUUCAAGAUCUUCAAAGGAGAGAUAAUUCACGGUGUGGUGCACAAGGUGUUGAAGCACGGUGUCUUCAUGAGGUGUGGUCCAAUCGAGAAUGUUUACCUCUCCUACACGAAGAUGCCGGAUUACAAGUAUAUCCCUGGAGAGAACCCGAUCUUCAUGAAUGAGAAGACGUCUAGGAUUCAGGUUGAGACUACAGUGAGGGUUGUUGUGAUUGGGAUAAAGUGGAUGGAAGUAGAGAGGGAGUUUCAGGCGUUGGCUAGCUUGGAAGGUGACUAUCUUGGACCAUUAUCUGAAGAGUGAUCUGCUUGAUCUCUUCAUGUGAUGGCGUUUUUGGGCAAUCUCUUAUGUCUAUAUAACUCGGCUUUAGUUCAUGUUUGGUAGUAACUAGUAACUACUCUCUAGCUGUGCAAAUAAUGAAAACAUUGAUCUUUGAAUGUAAUGAAAUCCUUCACCUUCAAGAGGAAAGAUUGGUCUAAUUUAGGUUUUUUGUAUUGGU